AUGUCUGCAAAUGAUAGCAAUGGAAACAUUGAUCUAACCAUUUAUCGUCAAUACAUGCUUCAUCUACCCAAUAAACUCAAUUUCAACGCAAAACUCGAAAACUUUGACUACAUUUUAGGGUUUGCUAGCGAAGACUAUAUAGAAGGAAAAGGCACAGGGAAUUUCAACCCUACUUGGAACCUAAAUGAUCUCAGUCCUGAAAAUGUAAAGUCAUUCAAGGAUAACAAUCCUCAAGUGAGGGUGGUUAUAAGCAUAGGAGGCGUUGGCGAUGAAUAUCCAUUCAAUCCAUUCGAUAAAAAUACAUGGAUUACCUACGCAGUCAACUCGAUCAAACAGAUCAUCGUUCGUUAUGAUCAAAUCCAUAAAUACGAAAACUUGAUUGAUGGUAUUGAUAUUCACUAUGAUUCCGUCGAAUCAAAUGAGGAUGAUUUUUCGUAUUGUGUUGGUGAGGUUAUAAAGCAACUAAAGAAUGAUGCACCUUUGUCCAUCAAUGUGGUAUCUAUUGCUCCUACAAAAAAAGUUGAAUCUUACUAUGAAAAAUUGUAUUUGGACAACAAAGACAUGAUUGACUUAGUUGAUUAUCAAUUCUACAAUCAAGAAUUCUCCUCAGAGGAUGAAGUUGUUGAACUCUAUAAGAAACUAGUAGUUACCUACAGUCCUUGUAAAGUCUUACCAGGAUACACCAAUCCUCCUGACCCUAUACUUAUGGAUGGCAUCAUGUACCUUAUCAAAAACAAAUUAGUCCCUGGAGUUUUUGUUUGGAAUGCUAAUCACUCUACCACUGGCUUCAACUCUUUCUUUAUUGAGAAUAUGCUACUAGCGGAUCAAGAAUCAUGA